AGGUCUUGCUGAAUUGCGCAGGCUGGGUUUGAACUCAUGAUCCUUCUGCCUCAGCCUCUCAAGUAGCUGAGAUUAUAGGUCUGGUCAUGCAUACGUGGUAGUGCAGCAGAGAGGGGCAAGCGAAGGAGCCAGCCCGGGCGUGGUGGCACAGGUGUGGCUCAUCCAAUGAUCCUGUGAGAGCUGAGGUGUCGCCGCUGCCCGGGGGGGCCUGUCCUGGAGUGGCCGCCUGCCGCCCCCAGCAUGGCAUCUGACACCCCCGAGUCCCUGAUGGCCCUCUGCACUGACUUCUGCCUGCGCAACCUGGACGGCACCCUGGGGUAUCUGCUGGACAAGGAGACCCUGCGGCUACAUCCGGACAUCUUCCUGCCCAGCGAGAUCUGUGACCGGCUGGUCAAUGAGUACGUGGAGCUGGUCAACGCCGCCUGCGCCUUCGAGCCCCACGAGAGCUUCUUCAGCCUGUUCUCCGACCCGCGCAGCACGCGCCUCACCCGCAUCCACCUGCGCGAGGACCUGGUGCAGGACCAGGACCUGGAGGCCAUCCACAAGCAGGACCUGGUGGAGUUGUACCUGACCAACUGCGAGAAGCUGUCCGCCAAGAGCCUGCAGACGCUGCGCAGUUUCAGCCACACCCUGGUGUCCCUGAGCCUCUUCGGCUGCGCCAACAUCUUCUACGAGGAGGAGAACCCGGGGGGCUGCGAGGACGAGUGCCUGGUGAACCCCACCUGCCAGGUGCUGGUGAAGGACUUCACCUUCGAAGGCUUCAGCCGCCUGCGCUUCCUCAACCUGGGCCGCAUGAUUGACGGGGUCCCUGUGGAAUCGCUGCUGAGGCCGCUCAGCUCGCUGGCCGCCCUGGACCUCUCAGGCAUCCAGACAAGUGACGCAGCCUUCCUGACCCAGUGGAAGGACAGCCUGGUGUCCCUCGUGCUCUACAACAUGGACCUGUCGGAUGACCACAUCCGGGUCAUCGUCCAGCUGCACAAGCUGCGGCACCUGGACAUCUCCCGCGACCGCCUCUCCAGCUACUACAAGUUCAAGCUCACGCGGAAGGCGCUGAGCCUCUUCGUGCAGAAGCUGGGGAACCUCAUGUCGCUGGACAUCUCUGGCCACAUGAUCCUGGAGAACUGCAGCAUCUCCAAGAUGGACGAGGAGGCCGGCCAGACCAGCACCGAGCCGGCCAAGAGCAGCAUCAUGCCCUUCCGCGCCCUGAAGCGGCCCCUGCAGUUCCUCGGGCUCUUCGAGACCUCGCUGUGCCGCCUCACGCACAUCCCGGCCUACAAAGUGAGUGGUGACAAAAACGAGGAGCAGGUGCUGAACGCCAUCGAGGCCUACACGGAGCACCGGCCGGAGAUCGCGUCGCGGGCCAUCAACCUGCUCUUCGACAUCGCGCGCAUCGAGCGCUGCACCCAGCUCCUGCGGGCCCUGAAGCUGGUCAUCACGGCCCUCAAGUGCCACAAGUACGACAAGAACAUCCAAGUGACAGGGAGCGCCGCCCUCUUCUACCUGACCAACGCCGAGUACCGCUCCGAGCAGAGCGUCCGGCUGCGCCGCCAGGUCAUCCAGGUGGUGCUGAAUGGCAUGGAGUCCUACCAGGAGGUGACGGUGCAGCGGAACUGCUGCCUGACCCUGUGCAACUUCAGCAUCCCCGAGGAGCUGGAAUUCCAGUACCGCCGCGUCAACGAGCUGCUGCUCGGCAUCCUCAGCCCCGCGCGGCAGGACGAGUCAAUCCAGCGCAUCGCCGUGCACCUGUGCAACGCCCUGGUCUGCCAGGUGGACAACGGCCACAAGGAGGCCGUGGGCAAGAUGGGCUUCGUCGUGACCAUGCUGAAGCUGAUUCAGAAGAAGCUGCUGGACAAGAUAUGUGACCAGGUCAUGGAGUUCUCCUGGAGCGCCCUGUGGAACAUCACGGACGAGACGCCGGACAACUGCGAGAUGUUCCUCAACUACAAUGGCAUGAAGCUCUUCCUGGACUGCCUGAAGGAAUUCCCAGAGAAGCAGGAACUGCACCGGAACAUGCUGGGACUGCUGGGGAACGUGGCGGAGGUGAAGGAGUUGCGGCCUCAGCUGAUGACUUCCCAGUUCAUCAGUGUCUUCAGCAACCUGCUGGAGAGCAAGGCCGACGGCAUCGAGGUGUCCUACAAUGCCUGCGGCGUCCUGUCCCACAUCAUGUUCGACGGGCCGGAGGCCUGGGGCGUGUGUGAGCCGCAGCGGGCAGAGGUGGAGGAGCGCAUGUGGGCGGCCAUCCAGAGCUGGGACAUCAACUCCCGCAGGAACAUCAACUACAGGUCCUUCGAGCCCAUCCUCCGCCUGCUGCCCCAGGGAAUCUCCCCCGUCAGCCAGCACUGGGCCACCUGGGCCCUGUACAACCUCGUGUCUGUCUACCCCGACAAGUACUGCCCCCUGCUGAUCAAGGAAGGCGGGAUGCCCCUUCUGAGGGACAUGAUCAAGAUGGCGACGGCGCGGCAGGAGACCAAGGAGAUGGCCCGCAAGGUGAUCGAGCACUGCAGCAACUUUAAAGAGGAGAACAUGGACACGUCCAGAUAGAGGCCUCCGCCGUACCGCAGCAACGAGGCCCGGCGCAGGCCCUCCAGAGCCCCCGCGGGACGAGGAGACAGAGGGGACUUUUGCACAACCGACGCUUUUCCUUAACGUUAGUGAGAUAUAUAUAUAUUAUAUAUAUAUAUUAUUUUUUUUGGUUAGGUAGUGUGGAGUUUUGUGUGUAUGAUUUCUGUACAAAAACAAAGGAGACUCCCCGAGCCCUUGCAGCUCCUCGGCCCUUCCCAGCCCAGCUCCAGACAUCGCUGCCGCGCCCCCCACCCCGCGCCUGGACGCCUCUAACGUGACUGUCCGGUCCUCCCCCGGUGAACUUGGGCCCCAGCCUGGCUCUGGCACCCUAAAGCCACCCGCGCACGUCUGAGAUCCCCACCCGGGGUCCCAGGCGCGGCUGAUGGGCUUUGGGGAUUAAACUAACCCCACGGGUCUCCCUGAAGCCGUGGUGCUCCUGGCUGCCGGCCACCAGGGCAGGAUGUGAUCCGAUCGCAGGGCGCCCCCAGGACCAUGAGGGGCGGGGCUCUGGCUGGGCCUGCCUGGGCCACGCUGCUAUGGAGGCUGCCUCCGAGCCUCCCACCGGCCGCAGGCUGCUGACCGCCCCAGCCUGGGACAGCCAGGUUUCGGGGGCAGUGCCACUGCCCCUCUGCCAAACCCGCCCGGAACCUGCUGAGCUCCGGAGUCAGCACCUCCUGGGGCCUGGGGCUCGGGGUCACGCGCUCUGUGCUCUCUUCUGCCCGUAAGCCGCGGGGCCAGGCACCCCACCAGCACAACCAAGCCCCGGCCUGCCUCUCACGCCCGCCAGGCUGUCCCUGCCAGAGGCAGCUGUGUCCCCAGGCUGGAGCUUGAAGUUGGUUCUUGUGAUCACCUGGGUGGCAAAGAGACCCUCUCGGCAUGGGUCAGGGGAGCAGAGCUGCCCUGGAGGUGGCCCUGGCGGCUCUGGCCUCCCUGCUCCCCGCAGGUUGCUGGAGGCAUGGGCGCCUCACCCUCCAGCUGGGAGCGGCCCCUCCUGCAGCCUCUCCCAGCAAGCCGGGCCGCCUGUGCUCCCCCUGCGGCCACAGGGUCCACGCGGCAGCCUCCAUCCCAGGCCCCGCCGGCCCCGCCAGCCCCAUGCAGAGCUCGCACCGCAUUGCUUUUCCACCAGGGCCGGGGAUGCGUCUGCGUGGGGAUGUCACAGAAAUACAUUUUUGUCAAAGUGCA